AUGGUCGUUUUUUUAUGUUAUGCUUUAAACAUUUACUGAGAUAUAUUUUUAAUGGGGAAUAUAAUAACGCAUUGUUGGAUGUGAGCACAAAUCUAUGUUUCAUAACUACCUGGAUACUUUAGAGAAAGAGUGUGACUACAACCGUGACGCGUGAUGACAUGAUUUCACUGUGCUUCAGGUCUACAGGAAUAACAUUGAGGUUCUUUGAAGAAAACUUCCAGGGAUGCUACUGAAGGGGACUGCUGACGAAUGCCAUCUGGUUAUGAACCUGAGUGCAGACCAGCGCUGCAUUUUUGUCAAGACCACGCCUGACUGCGCACAGGAAGAUGGAUUUGUUGACUACUUGCGCAUUGCUUUUUGUCUAUUCCCCUUCCAUCUCUUGCCCAUCGCUGUUUUUCUCUUUAUCCUGUGGCUUCUCUUCCUAUUCAUGGCCUUGGGACUCACUGCAUCUAAGUUCUUUUGUCCAAAUUUGUCUGCCAUCUCCACCACACUGCGCUUGACCCACAAUGUGGCUGGGGUGACAUUCCUUGCUCUUGGGAAUGGGGCACCAGAUGUAUUCAGUGCAAUGGUGGCAUUCUCACGGCCCCAUACUGCAGGCUUGGCUGUAGGAGCUCUUUUCGGAGCAGGAAUCUUUGUCACCACUGUAGUAGCAGGAUGUGUCGCUCUGGUGAAGCCAUUCACAGUGGCCUCCCGCCCCUUUCUGCGAGAUGUCAUAUUCUACAUGGCUGCUGUCUUUUGGACCUUUGUCAUCCUCUACAAGCAUCAGAUAACACUACUGGAGGCUCUGGGAUACAUUGGCUUGUAUGUGGUAUAUGUCUUAACGGUCAUCAUCAGUGCCUACAUUUACAGUCGGCAGAAACAUUCCUUGCAUGGGUCUUUGCAGAGUGGUUCGACCCAAACCCCUGACUUUAGGUCCGACUCGGAUGAUGAGAACCCCAGUUACCCCAGUGGGAGCAUCCAAGACUACGAGAGUGAGUACCAGCCCUUGCUUCCCUACACAAUGACUACUACUCAGAUCUUCCUCAGCUCCCUCAACCCCAUUGACAGUAGAAAGUGGAGGAGAAUGCCCAGAUUUUGGAAAGCCGUUAAGAUGAUAAAGCUCCCACUGGAGGUGCUCAUGCUGCUCACUGUACCAGUGGUUGACCCUGACAAGGAUGACCGCAACUGGAAACGCCCACUGAAUUGCUUGCACCUUGUCACUGGGCCAUUAGUGUGUGUGCUGACCUUUCUCUCUGGGAAAUAUGGGCUGCUCUACAUAGAGGGGGAGUUUCCAGUGUGGGCGCUGACUCUGAUUACUGGUCUCUUCCUCUCUGCCAUCGUCUUCUGCACUACCACCAAUGAGCAGCCACCGCGGUAUCACUUUAUUUUCUCCCUGUUGGGAUUCUUAGUUAGUGCUACAUGGAUCAGCAUGGCGGCAUCAGAGGUGGUCAGCCUGCUGCACACAGUUGGAGUGAUUUUCAGCCUUAGUAACACCGUUCUGGGCCUCACCCUGCUGGCCUGGGGCAACAGUAUUGGGGAUUGUUUCUCUGACAUCACCAUUGCACGGCAGGGGUAUCCCCGGAUGGCCAUCUCUGCCUGUUUUGGUGGCAUAAUCUUCAACAUGCUCUUUGGUGUUGGGCUGGGGUGCCUGCUGCAGUUAUUUAACCACCAUCCGGUCCUCAUGCUGGAAUUAGAGGGGCUGCUGGGGUGGGUGUUGGCUGGGGCGCUGGGCCUCAGCCUGGUACUCUCCUUCGUGCUGGUCCCCCUACAGCGCUUCCACCUGGGACGGGCCUAUGGUGUCUUCCUCCUGCUCUUCUAUAUUUUUUUCCUUGUGGUAGCACUGCUUACUGAGUUUGGAAAGCUCCACAUCAGAGGGGUGUGACAAAUCAGAGGGGGCCAAAAGGCACCCACUAUCACAGAAACACCAGCUCAAGCCAUGUCUCUUAAUUGAAAAGGAGCUUGUAAUCAGUUCAUAGCCAAAAGUGCCCUUGACUGGAGUAGCUCCAAGAAUACAGGCUCUCUCGGCUGAAAAGUUAUUCAGGUAAAUUACAAAAACAUGGGGUUGAGGGUUCUGCUGGUUUAGAAGAGUUGUGGAUCAUACGUGCAUGCUAUUCCAAUUCAAUAAAGGGUUGAUGAGAUUCCUUUCAAUGCCUUUUGGCUGGCAAAUCUUUAAGUAGUCAUGUAGGACUGAUCUUUGCCGAUGGUUCACAGUUCAUAUUGGGCUUGAUUUCAUCUCUAUAAAACAGAAGCAAGCUCCUUUCUGUUGUGCCAUUAAAUAAAAGUUAUCACUAUAGUACACUAUGAUGAGACUGUAUAUUGAAGUAAUUUGCAUUUGUCUGCUGUUGAGGGAGGGGAGGGGGAUUGUGUGUACCCACUUAUUUUCUAUUCCUUUCAAAAGAUCAGCCUGUAGGUUGAUUUUACGGAUAUAACCUGCCAAUGAACAGCUCCUAGUGCACAGGUGAAUUUUUCUCAUUGAAACACAAAACACUACAUAAGAGCCAGUCAUUCCCUGUGUACUUAUGCAUUUUCUGAGGAGUGAAUCAUAGUCAGGUGCAACCAGAGGUAUGGUCUUCAAACUUUUGUGCACACCACACGAAGGAAAAAACAUGAAAAAACAUUUAUUAUAGGCAUGAGAUGUACCAUGGAGACAGAACUUGCAGUAAAGCCUGUCUUUUCAGUUUUGCAAAAACAAAAACAAAUAUUGACUCCUCAUACAUUAUUGGUCGGAGUGAAUGUACGCAACUCAUGAAGCUCCUUUAAACUGUUCCAUCAUGGAAAAUGAGCAUUCACUAUUAAUUCCAGUAUGUUUAUAGGUUUCAAUAAAUAUGUGUAUAUUACACAAGUGAAGUUCUUCAGCAACCAUUUUGGGUCAUCACUGUUCUAGGAAUUGUGCGCUAGCAAGUGAUUGGUACAUGUACAUUUACAGUUGCAUUGUUUAUUCAAAGGGAAAGCAAUUGAUUUUCAUGGGUGUAGACGCCUCAGUUUAUUAGCUUAAUGGAGAUGUAGCAUUAAGAUUUUACAUAAUAUAACAUAUUGAUAAAAACUCAAGGGAAAGCCAAUGAUUUUGUUCAUGUUAAAUUAGCUCCAUAACAGUUAAGAGCUCACAACCAUGGUUAAAUUGUUGAAAACAAAAUGGCACUGUUACUCCAAAAUCACCCUGGUCAAAAUAAUGGUCAGUUUUCACUGAUACUUUUCUUAUUCAUGUGUGUGUAUUAGUGUAUUCGUUUUGGUAUAUUUGUGCAUCUAUUUGCAUAUCUUUUCUUAAUGGAAGACUUUUAAAUAAAGUUAUCCCCCCCA